UCCUUUUCGAUCGGCAAGCGCAGCGUCGACGCCGUGGAAAUGCUCUCCGAAACGGAUUCCAUCGUAAAGAUGGCACAAAAAGAAGAUCGCCUCUCCAAAAAGGAAUCCACCAAGUAUUCGGCGGAGGAAAAAACCGUCGAAGAAUCGGAGGAGUCUGAGGAGGAAAUGGUGAAGAAAACGGUGGCGGAGCGAAGGAAACAGAUCGAGAAACGACUUUCCGCGGACCGCUCGAUACCGGCCUCGACCCAAAAGAAGGAGAUAGUGGAAGAAAUUAUCACAAUCAAGCGGCAGAGUGUGAUUGACGAUACGCGCGCAAAGCACGAGGAGGAAAUACUGCUGCAAAAACCAAUCGACAACUCUUACAAAUCAUCCACCAUGCCGGAACCGGUAGUGAAGCUAAAAACGACAGUGGUCAAAGACGGACCGGGCGUGCGCAAAGACGAGUUCGACCAGGAACUGCAGGAUAAGUUUAAGGCAACGUUGAAAAACGUAGAAGAGUUUGAGCAUAAGUCUGAGGUGCUGGAGCACCUGGCCACGGAGGUGACCGUGGUGCCCUCGCCGCGGGUGGUGGAGGAGAUAAAGAAGAAGGUGGAGGACCGUCUCCCCGCCGAGCCAGACUCAGUGCCACUCGAGCAAUCGGUCGAAAGUGUGACUCCGGUGCCGAAAGAGCGUGCGCCGGUGCCGGCCAAACGUACCAGCCUCACCAAGGAGCCGGACGAGUUCCAGGGCGUUGUGGAGGAAUCGAUCAAGGAUGUCAAGCAACGCAUCAGCUCGUUCGAGACGAAGUCCAAAACGGAAUCGCUCACCGAUAGCAAACAGUCAUCGGUGGAUACCACCAGCGGGCGUGACUCGUGGAGCGAUGAGUACCGUGCCGAACAUCGGCUUUCCGGUGACACGAAGCAUACCGACUCGGAGCAGAUAUCCGAGGAUUCGGAACAAGAACUGUUGCUCCGUCGAGGUGACGUGACCAGCCACUCGCACAAACUCGAUGAAUCAUCCAAAGUUACUACACAGCAGGCCAGUACCACUGUCGAACAUGUGAAAGUGCAUGGUGUUUCGCAAGGGAAGGAACCCGAUUCGGAACCGUCGUCGCUUUCGGAAACCACCAGCACCUCGAAAAGGGAGGAAAGCGUAUCGCAGCAUUUUAAAUCCGAAACCGUAAGCAAAAUGGAGGAAACAGUCACUAAGAUGUCCACGACAAUGGCUUCCAAAACGGUGCAGGAUGCACUGCAGGAUGGUGGUGCUUUUGUCUUCGGGCAGGAUGAUGAAAUAACUGUGCGGGAGGAGUUUGUUGCGCGCAGUGCCGAGAGCAGUAGCUUCGUCGAUCGGAAGGUAGAGUCGGUGGUGCGCGAAAUUCGCGACCAGGAACCGGUUGUUGAGAAGCGUGAUAUGCAUCGAGAAGUUAAGGAAACGUCCGAUAAAAUGGCCGCCGUAAUGACGAAGGAGACGGUGCAGUCUGCGGAUGGUACCGGGCCCCAAGUUUCCUCUGCCGAAGCAUACACUGUCGAGAGCUACGAUGGACUGCAGUCCGAGACGGUCAGCAAGGAUGCAACGGGUAUGGUGGCGGAGCGAAGCGGCAAGAUUGUUGCCAGUGUUGAAACGGGUGUAAGCCAGGGUGAGGAUAUGGUCAGUGAGAAAAUUGUCCAAAAGGAGGAAGAAAUACAUCGAUUGGAGGAGAAAAUGGCCGAUCAGUCAGUCGACAAACCGUCGGUGAUGGAAACGGUUUCGCGAACCGUUUCACAAGAAAUUACCUCCAAGAUACCGGUACCGUCGAAGAAAAGCUCUCCGGAGGCUAAGGAACAGUAUCCGACCUCACACCACGUUCCGGAACCAAAGCCAGAGAUGCAACAGGACAAAAUGGCUGACGAACCAAAACUAGCUGACGUAACGUCGCUGGCGGAAGAGAUGGUAGAAAAUGUUACCGAACAGGUUGAAUCGGUGAUUUCGAAAAUUCCGCGCUUCGGAACAACAAAGCCACCAUCCAAGGUGGAGGCUACGACAGCAAAGUCACCCGAACCGGAUAGUUCCAGCCUGUCGAAAAUACCCAUCCUGAAGGAUCGUAAAGUGUCGGAACAGUUUUCGAGCGAUUCAUGCGAUACGGUGAUCGUUCAAAAAUCGAUCGAAGAGCAGGAGAAGUCCUUGGACCAAUCGUCAGCUGAGGCAAUGCACCGUGAGGACGAUGAGGAGAUAAUAUCGGCCACCGCCUACGGUAACGAACGUGCAGUGACGGAGAUCAUAACGGAGGACCACCGAGCUGUAACGCCGGAUGAUUUCAUCGAUGAGAUCAUCGAUGAAGCGCAAGACAAGGUGCACCAGCUUCAAUCGGCCGAAGUCACCGUUGGUACACUGGAUCUAAGCCACUCUGAGGAAGAGUCGUUCGAUAAGUCUGCCUACCCGAUGCAAGAAUACAUGUCCGAGACAGGCCGCGUAGGAUACGAUGCGAACGGCAUUGACGAGGAUGAGCAGGAGCAGGACAAAUGGAAAGAUACGUACACCGAACACGACGAUGCGUUACAGACGUCGACCAGAUUCGAAGAAACAGAUUUGCAACUACAAACAGAAAAUAACAUACCCCCGACAACAUCUCGCAUUGAAUGUAAAACAAUAGAAGCUGCCUCUGUUAGCGAUGUUUCUGAAGCUUUCGCUAGCGGACAGACCACUGCUGCUAUCGCUGCAAGUACUACCACCAUCACAGCUGCUAACAUUGCUGCUUCCGCCACCGUUUUCGAAAGGAAAGAACAUGCCACUGCGGUCGCGGUUGGUUCGCUGCAGGAACAUUCGUCAUCUGUCACGUCAACCGAGCAGGAAAAGCCAAGUGAUUCGUCCAGCUUUGAGGGACAGCCCGUACCGAAACCACGCACCAGUAUAUCUUCCCGCACGGAUACGGCCACGCGGUCGAGCCUGCUGGAGUCGUUCGAUCACCAAGACUCCAUCGAACAGUAUCCGGAACCCACGCCGGCCCACUCCGUUGAUUCGGAGCGGCUGCGUCAGGGUUCGAUCACAUCCGACGAUUUGUCGCACGUGGCACAGAAGGACUCGAGUGAGAUGGUCACCAGCGAGGAGGACAUUUCCACCGGGGCGAAAUUCUUUAUCGGUGAAUGCAGUAGCGACAUCAUUACCCGGUCAACCACCGAGAAGCGAUCGGACUAUGCGUUCGACAACGGCGGUUAUACGUUCUCACAGGACUCGCAGGGCACCGAUGACGAUUCGCGCCGGGAAGCGAUGGAAAUGUACCAGCAGCAGAUCAAGCUAGAGGAUGGCUUCACGCUAGAUUCGCUGAAGGAGCUGGACAUUAGCUCGAGAACUGCCGGUAAGCCUCCUGUGGUGCAUUCGCCUGUAACAGCAACAGCAGCCCAGCCGGCUACGAAACCAGCACAAUCCGAGCAAGGAGAAGCGACAAUUCUCGAUACGACCACCGAGCAAUACUCACACAUGACGAUCGACGAGAUAACCAUUGCAAAAACGCUCGAAGAGGUCAAGGAAUCGCUGGACGCCGUGCAGGAAGAAUUGAUCGAAGCCGUUACGGAUGGUACACCGAUCAAGCAAUCACCCUCAGAGUUCGAGUUUAAGAUUCUUCCAUCGACGCGCUACGUGCAAGAUCCGAUUUAUGAAACUAAUCAGGAGGAAGCGGUCGCAGUUUCAACGGCAACAUCUGCUGCUAUCACCACCACCACCAUCGUCAGCGAAGGUGGUCUUUCCGAUUCCGAGCCGAAACCGGUGGUGGUAGGCCCACCAAUUAAAAUAGAUGAAGUCCCAACUGCCGGAUCGUCCGACAGCUCGCAGCUGGAAAUGUCGGCCCGCCUACGACACGGUCCCCAUGCGGUACACGCCAAGGGCAGCCGAUGGUCGGCAACCGAUGUGGACAGCUCGGGCGAAAGUCAUUACCAGAGUUUCGAGCAUACGGAUAGCAGCAGACCGCUGUCGUCGGAUAUCGAGCAAGCAUUACCGUAUGCAUCGUCGGAGUACGAGACGGCGUUAGAUCACUCGAUUGUCCCGACCUCCAUUGGGACGGAAUAUCACAGUGCUGUUAGCACACUGCACUCCUACCCGGUAAGCUCGCAUGACAGCAUGAAGAGUUUUGAUUCGGAAAGCUCCGGCAAUCUGGCUAGCAUCGAAUCGGAGGCCACAGAAACACUCGUCCCAUCGACCAUGGAUGUGGACUUUGAUUCUUCCGAUGCUGCCCUGAUUCACGACGAUUCGGAAGAUGAUCUGCGAGAUAAAAUGUUGCUGUUGGAUGACAAGGAGGAAAUUUCGUCCGCUGCGAGCAGCAUCCCGAUAGCGAUGAAACGUUCCCAUGAGAUGGACUUUGCCGAGCUGAAGAGUGAUUCCAUGCCCGAAGAAGGGAUGCAUUUUGGCGAGCCGCGUGAAGCUAGGAUCUCAGCGGAGAUGAUGCAGCUGCAGGAAGAAAAGCUACUCAGUUCGAGCAUUGGUACGGCCCGUGAUUUGGUUGAAGCGAUGCAAGCGACCAGCCUGGAGGACGUCAAAACGGAACCAGCGGAUGAUUCAAAGCUGGGUACCAGUCUGGAAGAUGGUAGCAUACUCUCGAUCAGUCUAUCCAGUGCUUCGAAUUUGGAAACCAUCAUGGAAAACCUGUCGGAAAAAACGACGGCUGGCCCGGUACCGACGCACGUGGAAAUUGGACUGGACGCUGUCACCCCAACAACAUCGGGCACCACGGGAUACAUCGGGGACAUUACGCUCACUUCGACCGUGCUGAAGGAGGGUGAUGUUAACUUCCUCAACACCCAAGCCACAACGGAGAUCAUCGAACUGAGCACUGACCUGGCUGGGCGUGAUGAAAGCGAAGAAACGGUUCGUAAGCGUGGCCACAAGCGCACCGAAAGUACCUCCAUUAUUUCAGGCAAAUUUAUGGCAGAAAUGGGCGAAAACCGAGACUCGAUCGAGUCGCAGGACGAGUCACUGUCGCAGGAAGCGUCGAAACCGUCGUGCUCCGAGCGCGACGAAACGCGAGACGAAUCCUCCGAUUCCGAUUAUGAUCGGUACGAAAGCGAAUAUGCCCGGUCGUUCCGUGCGCCUGUGUCGCAGUCGAAAAAGAAGGACAAAAAGGCGGGCGAUGUGUUCGAGAAGGACUUCGAGCUGGAUCGGCGCAAUUCAUUCUCACCCUCGCAGUCCGUUAUCGAAACGAUCGUGGAGGAUGUGCACGCCGAGAUCGAGCAAAGCGACGAAGCGCAGCGAAUUAUGGCGAACAAGAGUCAGCUGCUGCAGGAAUAUCGCGAAUCAUCGUCCCACAACAUACCGGACAUUCACGUGACGGACGAUUUUGCCGAGCCUUUGUCGCCGGGAAAGGAUGACAUGGACGUUUACCAGCACGAAACGUACGAAGCGACGAAACGUGAGACAGUCGCUUCAUCUGAAGCUGUGGUUACGGUUUCAGAAAGUGAUGCGGGAACGGCAACAUCGACGAUGACGACCACAGCUGUGUCCGCAUCGUCUUCCGGUAUGACGCAGGCAAAGCAGACGGGAAUCCAGUAUGCCAAACAGGAGGAAUACCAGUUAACUGAGGAGCAGUACCAGGAGCUGAUCGAGCAGAAGUACAAGGCAAAGUUAGCCGAUACGACUACAAAGUAUGCUUACGACGUCGACGAUAAGGAUGAUUCGGCCGGAUCGGAUUCCUUCGAAAUGCUGGAACAACCCGACAUAUCGGACGAGUUCGUGAUAGUGGAGGAAGUGGCCCGAGAAGCUCACGAGUUCGACUCGGAAGGCAAAAGCAUGGCCAUCAAACAUACCAAGCUCGAGAAGAAGCAUGACGAGGAUGUGGAGAAGAUACUGGUCAAAUCCGCACCAGCACAUACGAAUGCUGGUUCGAUGUAUGCCGCUAACAUGCGGGACGACAUGAUGUACGAGUUCGAAGAAAGUCCUCCGACCGGUGGAGCGGAGGUCGAUGGGGCCGGAGUUACGAUGGAUCUGCUAAACAAUGGGUACCCGCUGGAGGAGAGCAAACGCUGGGUAGAGAUGCAACUCGCGGAGACACAAAACUUCCGCUACCCGUACGAGGAUCGGCUUGAGGACAUCAAGGAGGAGGAUACAGACUUCGAGGUGGGAAGCAGCCGCAUUGGAUCAAUCAAGGAUUCCUUCUCGAGCACACCCGACUACGAUAUGCUUGCCAAGCGCAUGGCAUCUCGCGAGCAUGAUGACAUUUCCAUGAGCAGUUUGCAAGAGUUUGAAAAUUUGGAACACGUAAUUUCGCUGGAAAACCGCAAAAUGCAGCAGGGCUCGCAAGAUUCGCUGAGCAACGGCAGCUUCACCAGACGGUUUAUGCAACGCGGUGUCCACGGCGACGACAUCAGUUUGUCCAGCCUGAAAGAGUUCGAGGGGCUGGAGAAUGCCUGCAUGGAGGCCCAUCUGAUAGAGAUCAAAGCGAAGGAGGAGGCUGCACUUUUGCUUUCACGCUCGGAUGAAUCGAAUAAAUCGAACGGUUCCAACGGGGCCAAGCGUAGCCCACCGUCUAACGGUAGUGGAGUGGCAGCCAAACGGCAACAUUCUGCUGAAGGAUCUUGUGCGCAAAUUAUUAGUAGCUCAUCCGUUACCACUACUGUGGUCGGUGGAUCAUCGGGGACAUCGCAAGUGAUCACCACGAAGGUAGAACAACAGAUCGCGGCAGAAUCGAACCGAGAUGCAUCGUCAGCGGUGUCAACCACUACCACCACGGUAACGACAAUCUCACACGAAGGUCAAGUGCGUCAGGUCGUCGAGGAAGAGGACACUUCCCAUAUGCUGACCGUGUCCAGUGACAGUUUGGAUGGUACGAGAACCGCUGCCAAACAGCUACCGGUAAGUCGUGACACAUUACCAUCGGCACACUCGAGCAGCGAUAGUCUCGAAAUCCACAGCAAGAACAAUGUAGACGUAAUGACCAGCAGCAUCGAUUCGAUCGAGUUCUCCAAGACGGGGGUAGCGACCACCAGGUCGUCGCAGUCUGAUUCCAUCGAGCACAUGGCUCAGCAGCAGCAACCGUACCGCAGCGAUAGUACGGACUCGAUCGAAGCACAGCAGCAUCAGCAAAAGCUGCAACAGCAAGCACAACAGGUUACGCUUCACGGCAUUCAUGGCUUAAGCGACACCAAACGGGACUCGCUGGAAUCGCUCGCGGCCAGCAGUGACAAUCAGAGCGGAUUCAGCAGCCCGACCAAAUCGGCGCAAGGCUCGCGUCAGCUGUCGGAGAGUGGUAGCGGAGCGUCCGGUGCUUACCAUCAGCAACAGCAAACGGUGCAGACGCACCACACGGUCAUCAGUGCCGGUGGGGAACGUACGAUGCAGAAGGAUAUAUCGGCCGAUUCGCUUACCGGUCCGGAUGCAGCAUUUCUAACCAGCACCGAAAGCCUCGAAACAAGCUCAACGGCCACGAACGCUACCUACCAGAAUGAGACCGAUUCCCAGAUGUCGUCGAGCGUUACCAGCUGCGACUCCAUCACGAUGGUGGACACGGUAGGUCCGCAAGCGUUAGAUAGCUGGGAUACCUUCGCCUCCUCGGCUAUGGCUACGGGGCACGGUGCCGGUGUCGGAUACGCGAGCUCCACAAUGACCACGUCGAUGAGCGCUUACUCCUCGGCGACGGGAAGCAGCGAUGUCAUCCACGCAACACAGCAGCAGCAACAAGCAUUCCGUACCGCACGUGCGGAAGCCACAUCCUCCUUCGCGGCGUCCUCGGUGACGGUGGUAUCGAGCUCCUCGGCGUCCUCCACUAGCUUCCAGGUGGCUCAGCACCAGAUGGGGGAAAGUGAACUAUUAAGUAGAGAACUGUUUCCAGGGGAAAUAGCUUUUGACGACGUGAAGGAAACAGCAAAGGAACGAAAGCAAAGCAAAUCCGCCGAAAAGGACAGGGAGUAAUCGAUGACAGCUGUGGCAGGCGUAAUACUUGCAGCAACGGACACCGCAGUGCAGCAGUUCCAGCGGUAGAGUGCAGUUUUCCACAAGUUUUAACACAUUCUUCUACUCUUUACGAACAGCCAACUUAAAGUUUGCAACACACAAAACUCUUUCUCUCAAAUUCAACCCAUAAGUAUGUAAGUUCAGCAACGAACGAAGUCAAAUCUUAACGUACGAGGAAAGUAAUCCUUAACGGAAACUAAACAUUAUGUGUAGGAAGCAAUACACGCGAGUGCGUACGGCGCCGAGAAGGCCUUUUAAAAGUGCAGGUCAGCUGGGCGUGUAACGUAUCGGUAGGAAAAUCGACAUGACGAAGGGAAACCGAACCCAGUGCAGGUGAACUGUUUUAAUAACUUCAUUACUACAUUAUAACCAAAGAAGCUUAGCUCAGUCGAUACAUAUUUAGUUCAGCUUCAACGAACUUUAAAUCAUAAAGCUACCCCUGAUGAUACUCUCUCGGCGGAAGCCUGUUUUAAACCACCCUCCGCCCACCAGUCGAUGACUAACAAUCACAAAGCAGAUAGGGAAAGUGGGUUAAUUUGCAUGAGAGAGAUGAUUUAUUUACUUCCCACGCACCUCAACCAGAGCAGAACGAUGUGACCAAUGUAUUGAUCGAAAAUGGUGAUGGUGGCGUGUAAUGUGAGCUUUGCUUGAUGCGAUUGCAUUAAGACGAUUUCAGUUACCCUUGUUUCUAUGCCAUUGUAGCCUGUUCUUGUGUAUGAUUCCGAUGUAUGCUGCUGCCGCCAACUUUGGGUGACAUUAAUUAUAAGCUUCCAGCUUCAUUCUUUAAAGCUUACCGUGUUCGCAUAUUCAGGGUGUGUUCAUGCUUUCGAUGGUGGCGAGACAUAACGAAAUUAGGGUACGCAUAAGGAAAAUAAACGAACAAACACAUGAAAGAACAAAACAACAAACAGGAGAAAAAGAUUCAAAGACCCAUACAAAACGGUUAUCGUGGCAGGUAGUUACUGUAGAGGCCCUAGGGACGGCUAGAUAAGAUGUAGUAGCGUGGUAUCGAAAACCCCGGAAAAGAAGCAGUAUAUUUGAGAUUCUUUUUUAAACGUACCGAACGGAUAUUGCAAAAAAAAAAACACUGUUGCAAAAAGCAUGUUAUAGCUAAAAUAUACAAUUACUGAUCAAAUCAAACGUAUAAAAACGUAUAUAUUACAGAGUGGGCUUGCCGCAAAAAGCGAAUCGAAAGGGAACCAAACGGUCAACAAAGCCAAACACACUGUGUAGACAGCAGAAAUAAACGAAUUGUAAUAUGACAGGCAAAGACGGUAGACCACGCAAAAGGAAAAUAUUUUAGAGCGCAAGCCCACUUGCAUAUUAACAAAGUUUGCAUUAACAAACCAAACACAAAGUUCGCAAAAUGAAAAAAAUGGCAAAAGGGAGGAUAAGUAACAACACUAAACACUAAAAUCCGCUACCACGUGCUACUAACUAACUAAAACAAAUAUUAUUAAUACAAAAACCAAAAAAAAACAAAACAAAACAA